CGUGAAGCCAUCAGGCGCUCCUGACCCGGGUCAGCGGCUGAACUCCCCCAGAGUUUCCUCCGGAGGAGCGGCGUGGACGUGAGGAGGUUUGGGACUUAUAAAAGCCAAACAGAGAUGAGGAGGCAGCGGUAGUUCUGAUAAAGAAGCGUUUCUUUCAAUAUAAGACAAAAACAUGACGAAUUCAAGUUCUCCUCGCGCGACUACACUUUUCAUUUCCGUCCUGCCGCUGCAGGAGGCUCACCGGGAGGAGGUGAUGGAAAACCCGCUGCAGCAGAAUUAUCUCCUGGGAAUUAUCAUCUCCAUAUGUGGGAAUGUCCUCAUCAGCAUUUCACUCAACAUCCAGAAAUACGCUCAUGUCCGACAGGCUCAGCGGGGCUCCAAGCCCUAUUACACCUCUGUGAUGUGGUGGUGUGGGGUGCUGCUCAUGGGCGUCGGGGAGCUGGGGAAUUUUGCCGCCUACGGCUUUGCCCCAGCAUCACUCAUCGCCCCGCUGGGCUGUGUGUCUGUUAUAGGUGGCAGCUUGGCAGUAACAGGAACGUACCUCCUGGUGACCUUUGCCCCCCACACGUCGACACACAUCACAGCUCACCUGGUUCAGUACUAUGCCGUCAGCUGGCACUUCCUGCUUUACCUUUUUGUGGAGAUUGUCCUGUUUUGUAUCCUGCUGUAUCUGUACAAGAGAAGGAACAUGAAGCACAUCGUCAUCGUGAUGCUGCUGGUGGCCCUGCUCGCAUCUCUUACAGUCAUCUCGGUCAAAGCUGUGUCGGGGAUGAUCACCGAGUCGAUCAAAGGCCAGCUGCAGCUCAUCUACCCCAUCUUCUACGUCAUGCUCGUCGUCAUGGUCGCCUCCUGCGCAUUCCAGAUCAAAUUUCUCAAUCAGGCAAUGAAGAUGUUUGAUGCCACAGAGGUCGUUCCCAUUAACUUUGUGUUCUUCACUGCAAGUGCCAUAGUAGCAGGUAUAAUAUUUUACCAGGAAUUUGAAGGUUUGGCUUUACUGAAUAUUUUUAUUUUCCUUUUUGGCUGUCUUCUGUCCUUUAUUGGAGUCUUCCUGAUUGCCCGAAACAGACCAAAGAUAAAGCAACAAGAUCGCAAUUUUAUUGCAAUGGAUAAGAUUCCUGGGAGAAGUCGCACUGACAAAGUGCAGCCGGAGGCAAAGACUCAGACAUACGGAUCCCUGGCAGCCAAACUCAUGUGCAACCGAGCUGGCCAAACAGACGACUCGUAGAACCAGCUCCAUCUGUUGGGACUGCUAUUUUAGUCUGUGUGUGUAUGUGUGUGUGUGUCUGUUCCUGGGUUCAACAUACUCUGUUUAUAAACAGAAGUGACAAGAAAUGUGCUCUCGAACAAAUAUCUAUAUCUCAGCACUAUUUUUAACCACUGUCAGAAAAAUGUCACGAGGAAAAGCUUGCUCCAAAAUGAGAUGAACCUCAGGAGAAAACUGCAGCAUCACAUCCAGUAACUUAUUUUAAGAGACAAUUUAAAAAAACAUUUUGGUUUACCCGGACGAUUAUCAGAUGAACAAACCAAAUAGAUUUCUAUUAACAGCUGAUAAAAGUGGCAACAGAAAUAAAGUGCACUACUGCCCUCUAAAGGUGGUGGAGGGACUUAUCUGGACCUUUUAUUGUCAGAUCUAAAGUCAAUAUCAAAUUAAAAAUGUCUCUAAAGUAA